AUGAGUGGUAGCGGCGGUUUCUACAAGUACAGGUGCAAGUACUUCUACUCACACAACUGCGCCAACUGGGUCUGGGUAAAUAACACCCCGUGCGCGACCUGCCUGGCCGAGGGACGAGAUACGGACGAGAGCGCGUCGCGGGCGCAAGCAUGGGGCCUGUGUAGGGAGAUAUACGUGCCCAGGGUCCUCGACGGGACGCUGCAUUACACCCUGAUGGAGAUCGUGGCCACGGGCGAGCCGGGGAACUACUGGACCCUCAGGCUCAAGGCGACGCAGCCGCCUCUAAUCCCGAUAUCUGCCACGACGACCGCCGCCACGCCCGGGAUUGUCCUCCCAGCCACCGCCAUCCACACCCACUUAGGGUUUUAG